AUGGGCGUGACGAUGGGGCCGGGGGAGACGGCGUUGGCCGUGAUCCCCGUCCCGGCGAGCUCCCUUGACAAGAUCUUGGUCAACACCUCCACAGCUGCCUUCGAUGCUGCGUAGGCCCCAUAGCCAGGCCGGAGGGAGUCAACGGUGGACGAAGAUAUGGUUAUUAUCCGGCCGCCGCCCCCACGGACGAGACGCCUCGCUGCCUCCCGGCAGCAGAGGAAGGUCCCCUUGGCGUUCACCAGGAACAUCUGA